CACUGUAGAUUACAACUUUCUCUCAAUAUUUUGACUUUGUUUUUGUAAAAUUACUGCUGAUUUUUCCAUUUUUGCUGGUGUUUUUUAGUUUUCUUGUUAAAUUAUCUUUUUAGAACAUGCGCACUUUGAACACUCCUGCUCUAAUGGGUUUUUGUCAUGGCGUAAGUUAGAUGUUUUGCAGACAACAGCCUGUGAGAAAAUAACAGUUUUAUGAUGGUCCUUCUCUUGGGCAAGUAAGGACAUUAGACACACGCGUGCAGUCGCAACACAGUCAAUGUUUCUGCAGGUUUUCUGGAUAAGAAGCCAGAUUUAAAGAAAAUGACAGUUAACCCGGCUGUAAUGUAUUGUGUUGUACAGGUGGCUUGCCGUAGACUUAGAGUUACAGUAUGCUGGUUGGUCAGAAUGAUAGUCAGCUGGGUGCAGGAGGUGGGGCGGGGUGCGACAAGGUUUAUAAUUUAAGGUUGUAAAAGAUAAAAAAGAAAAAAACAUCCACUACUACUUCCUACUGCGGCCACGCCGUUGCGUCACAGGUAGAAAAACAAGCAUUCCUUGUCCUAAAAUCGAUUUGUGUUUUUCUUUCUGCGUGCUUUUGCAUGCACCUGUAUUUAUGUACUUGUUAGGCUGCUGAACCAAAGCCAUGGACCCGCAGUACUUUAAGUCUCAUACGAUGUGUUGGGGUACUCUUGGAACGGUGCGACCUUUCCCCAGCUUCCGCCCACAAAGAGAUGUAGUAGUGAUCCACGAAGCGCUGGUGAAGAAAGAUGCAGGCACUCUUGUGAGAAUCUUAACAAAUCGCAACAACGCGCAGCGGCAGGAAAUCGCCAAAACCUUUAAAGCGACUACACAGCAGGACCUAGUAGCUGGCAUGAAGAAAGUUCUGUCUGGAGAUGUGGAGACGCUCAUGCUACAACUGAUGAUGCUUCCUCUGCAACAUGAGGCUCAUCGCCUGCAACAGGCCAUAGCGGGUCUGGGUACAGACGAAGAGACACUCCUGGAGAUAUUGUGUACACGAUCUAGCAAGCAAGUUCGAGACAUCAGUGCUGUGUAUAAAGAAUUGUAUAAAAAGGAUCUGGAGAAGGAUGUGAAAGGAGAAACCAGUGGGGAUUUUGCCAAGCUCGUAGUGGCUCUUAUGAAUACUCUCGCUGCAUCACUAAAUGCGAAGAAAACUGACGCAGCUCCUUGGAUUGACAUACUCACCUCUAGAGACUUAAAUCAUCUUAACAAAGUGUUGCUGGGACUGGAAAGAGAAAGUGGGCAGAUGGUGAUUCCAGCUCUGGAGAAACGAUUCUCGGGGGACAUUCGGCUUGGAUUGAGUGUUUUAGUGCAGUGUAUUAAAAACCCUGAUGUCUACCUUGCCAAAAGACUAACAGGAAUGAAGGCACCAUUAGUGCACGGCAUCAUGGUGUCCCACAGCGAGGAAGAUCUACUCUGUAUCAGAGUUGCUUUCCUUAAACUAGCAGGCACUUCUCUCUACACCACCCUGCAGAAACACUUCAAGGGGGAUCAUUUACAGGCUCUGUUGGCCAUCUGUCGAUCUGAAGACUAACGUACCGCAUAAGAAUACAUUUUUACUGUCCACUACUUGUUGGUGAAAAUAAUAUAUAAAUGUAUAAUAUUUGU